CCGAGGGGUUGCAGACUCCUUACGAUCCGCUGCCAGUCCUGGUUCUACUCGAUGGUUCAAGGUUUGGGCGUCCGUCUGCCCCGUGUGAAGACAUCACACCGAUGGCGCUGGGCUUGUCCUCCGAGUCGCCAUCGAUCCCACAGCGUGCAUGUACUUGGCACGCUUUGCACUGCCUCUUCCACUCCUCCAACUUGCGCUGCAUAUACCUUUCCAUUCCUCAUGUUUCGCUGGUUUCGUGCGCCAUCUGCUCCAGACGAGAUCUAUGCGUCCAGUCUCCAGACGCUCUAUCUGGGCCACGCUCUCUGGUACCCCGAGCCGCACGAGUCGGGAGAGCCUCAGAUCGGCGAUGUGGGCUUCAUCAGCGAGGGAGCGUUCAUCAGGCUGUUCAACCUCGACACCUCUGCUCCCGAGAAAGAAGUCAAGUUCUGGAACCCGCCAUACAAGAUCACCGAGCCCGUGCAUCCAGACGUAUUCAAGGUCGACCGUAGACAUCGGCCGCUUGUUCCAGGAAACUAUCGUAGUAAUGGGGUGGAGAGCAAGGAGAUGCAUGCCUCUGCGGACAUGUGAGUGCGCUAACCAAUCCGACGAGCGCAUUCCUGCUGACAGUUUGCAGAACGGCUGGUCCCAACGUAUCUGCAACUCUCGAAGCCAGCUACACAUGCAAGGCAGCGCAAGGCGCGGUUCUCGUCCUCAAGAGCGAAGCGCAUGCCGAGAGAAUAUUCGAGGAUCGUCGGCUAACGAAUUACAUCCUCCAGAACCACGACAAGUGGUGUGCAUACGUCAGGGACGACCUCUUCAAGAAUGUAAGCCCGGAAGACAUCGUCGUAGUCAGCGGGUGGGUCAAGACUGGAGCGGACUGGGCGGCGGUCGCCUUCGGCAACACGAGUACAACCUCCAGUGCUUCGGUGGAAGGUCGUGCUGGCGGCGUUGCCGGGGUCGGAGUUGGCGGAUCACACUCGAAGUCCGUUACGGGUCCGAGGGUGGAGCGACAGGGUCAGAACUUCCUGGCGAAAUCCUCUAGUUCUCCUUCCACCGAGGCGAAGCGAGACCAGUCCGUCUUCGUGAAGCGACUGAUGAUACGAAAGCGACUGGGAGUUCUGCGGAAGGUCGUCGCGGGGGCGGGCUAUGAUCGACUGCCAGGUCCGGGCGAUGGACGAGGGGCAUCGGGAGCAGUGGGAGCCGCAGUGCAGGAUGAUAAUGAUGAGGGCGAAGCAGACGUCCUGAAACUUGGGAGUGAGGUACGUGUUUCA